GUCCCCUCCCUCUCUUUGCUUUUUCUUUGCGUUUUUCCCGUCUGGGUUUUCUUGUUUCUUUUUGUCGGUCUUUCUGUGUGACCUUCCUUUAUUUCAAUGAUUUUGUGCAAUUCAACCCGGAACAAUUUUAUUGUUUGAACAAUAUUCUUACUUAUCCUUACGACUGGCAAUCCUGCAGGCCUGAUAAGCCCUCAUGGGUGUCUCCGAUCUGAUCCGCGGCCGCAACAACACGCAGCUGGCGCUGAGCGUCGCGGGGUCCAAAUUCCCCGGUCUCAAUUAUGAGGUCCGCGUUUCGUCGCCCAACAAUGCCGGCAGCCAGAAUAGCAUGGUGACUCUGAACGAUCGCCACGAACGGCCGUCAGAGAGCCAUCGCAAGGAGGUCACUCAGGGUGCUCGUCUGGGCAUACAAAAGGCGGAGGCCGCGGCGCUGGCGUGGAGCAAGAAGACGGCCUAUGGCACUUAUGCAUUAAUCUGGCUCAGCUUCUUCCUCCUCGCCCUACAAUCCUCUAUCAGCACCAACGUCAUCCACAAUGCCUACGCAUCUUUCGAAGCUGCGCCCGACAUCAGCACCGCGAACAUUCUGGCCAGCGUCAUCAGCGGCGUGAUGAAACUGCCGGUCGCGAAGCUCUUGAACAUCUGGGGCCGCAGCGAAGGAUUUCUGGUUUUCAUCGGUGUCUAUCUCCUAGGAUUAAUCAUCCUGGCAUCAUGCAACAAUCCCAGUGCCUACGCAGCAGGAUACGUGAUCUACUGGGUAGGUUACGAUGCGAUCUUCUUGAUCUUGGACGUUUUCAUGGCGGAUACGUCGAGUCUGCGCAACCGGGCUUUUGCGUUCGGGUUUGCGAGUACUCCGUUCAUUUGCACGGCUUUCACCGGUCCGAUCGCAGCGCAGUCGUUCAUUAAGACGGCCUCGUGGCGCUGGGCAUAUGGGACCUUUGCGAUCAUUGCGCCAUUCGUCUUUCUUCCGUUGGCGGGAACGUUCAAGUUUUACCAACGCAAGGCCCAGCGGAUGUAUAUUUACAGACGGGAGCCGAGUGGUCGCACGACGGUGCAGUCGAUUGUGCAUUAUAUCAAAGAGUUUGAUGUGAUUGGGGCUUUACUACUCAUGGCAGCCUUCAUCUUUCUUCUCCUCCCAUUCAGCCUCACUACCAACGGCAACACCGAAUACGAAAGCGCCACUUUUAUCACGAUGAUCGUCAUCGGCGUCUGCCUCUUCUUCGUCUUCGCCGCCUGGGAACGAUUCUUCGCACCUUACCAUUUCAUCUACUACCCUUUGCUCAAAGAUCGCACGAUCCUCGGCGCCUGUGCGCUCGCCGCCGUCCUAUUCUUCAGCUACUACGCGUGGGAACUGUACUUCUACAACUUCUGCAUGGUCGUCUUCAGCCUCAGCAUCAGCAUGGCCGGCUACAUCGGACAGAUCUACAACGUCGGGUCAUGUUUCUGGUCCGCCGUCUUCGGGAUCAUGGUCUACGUGACCAAACAGUUCAAAUACUCCUGCCUGGGCUUCGGCCUUCCUCUCAUCCUGCUCGGCGCAGGGCUCAUGAUCCAUUUCCGCAACGCAGACAGCAACGUCGGAUACAUCGUCAUGUGUCAGAUCUUCAUCGCGUUCGGCGGCGGAACGCUCGUCAUCGGCCAGGACAUGGCGGUCAUGGCGGCGUCGAAUCGCGAAGGCGUGCCCAUGAUGUUGUCGCUGAUCGGUCUGUCGAGUAGUCUGGGCGGUGCGGUCGGGUCGGCAGUCUCGGCGGCUAUCUAUACGAAUACCUUUCCCAGGGUGCUGCGUGAUGCGUUGCCCGUGCGGAACAAGGACGAGUAUUUGGCAAUCUACAAUGGUGGGUAUGUCAAGCAGCUCGAGUAUCCUCUGGGAUCGGACAUUCGCAAUGCUAUCAUCGAGGCGUACAGCGCGUAUAUGAAGUAUGGGUGCAUCACUGCGGUCGCGAUCAUGGCGCUGGGUAUCCCGGCCAUCGCGGUGUGGAGGAACUAUCGGGUGGAUAAGGAGCAAAACAAAGGUGAAAUGUUGUGAGUUGAGUCAAUUGUCCUGAAACCGAGGCAAUUGAAAAACAAAGAAAGCAAAAACAACGAAAAAAAUGUCUUGAUACCCCAACUCUGGCGUCUGGAAUUGACUAUGAUAUGGAUGAGAUGUUGAACGACGCUGGAAACGUCACUUAUGACAAUAUUUAAUUUCCAUAGAACAGAAGGUCACAGGUAGAUAAUUCUCUUCCCUGCA